AUGCCCGAUAGCGUCCCAUUUGAAGCUCUCCGUAACGGCCUCUGGUACGACUCCAAGUUCAAGGAAGAUUUGUCGCUAAAACCUCCCACGACUUUGAAGGACUCGUUCCACCGUUCCCGAAGCUAUAUCUUCCUUGAGGAAGACAAGCGCUUCUAUGCCGAGAAACACAGAGAUAGGAAGACAGCCUCGUCUAAACCCAGAGAAGAAGCUGUGGAGGUACGAAGAAGACACGACCCCAAAAGGUUGCUCCUUACAGCGUUCGCAGCACCUGACGACGAGUCCGAGCAAGAAUAUACCGCAGCGAUCUCAACCCCACAUGAUGCUACUCCACUCGGAGAUGACAACGACGCCAAAGCCUUCUGCAAAUUCCACGGAAGAACCGGCCACGCCACUGAAAACUGA